UAAGGGUUAUCCCACUGAGAGAAUCCUAACGGCACCAAGGAACUCUGACUAUGGGGACUUACAACACAAGGUACAGGACCAUGUCCAGUACCGGGACACCACAUAUAUGUGUGAAACAAGCAGAGAGGCUGUCUAUACUGUCGGCACAACAAGCUGCCCCUGGCACCUGAAGCAGCGGCACCCGGGCACGGCGCAGACAUGGCGUGGACCUCCUACCAGCUGAUCCUGGCGGGGAUGAUGCUCGUCACCGGCUCCAUCAAUACCCUGUCAGCCAAGUGGGCCGACAAUUUUGAAGCAAAGGGAUGUAAAGGGUCGCAGAGCCAUCAGUUCCAGCAUCCGUUCCUACAGGCGGUGGGCAUGUUCCUGGGUGAGCUCUCCUGUCUGGCCGUGUUCUACAUCCUGGUAUUCAAGGACCGGCGAUCCCCAGCACCGACCAUGGCUUCUUCUCAACCUUUCAACUCCCUUCUCUUUCUCCUGCCAGCUAUGUGCGACAUGGUCGGCACAAGUAUCAUGUAUGUGGCCUUGAACAUGACCAGCGCCUCCAGCUUCCAGAUGUUGCGCGGAGCCGUCAUCAUCUUCACCGGCCUCCUGUCUGUAGCCUUCCUGGGUAGGAAGCUGGACUGCAGCCAGUGGGUGGGAAUCUUCGUCACCAUUGCCGGGCUGAUCAUCGUGGGCUUGGCCGACUUGUUGAGCGGUCCGGGGAGCGGGAAGAACCUCAGCGACGUUAUCACAGGGGAUCUGCUGAUCAUCAUGGCCCAGAUCAUUGCAGCCAUCCAAAUGGUCUUGGAAGAGAAGUUCGUCUACAAACACAAUGUGCACCCGCUGCGCGCUGUGGGCACGGAGGGUCUGUUCGGCUUUUGCAUCCUCACUUUACUGCUGAUCCCCUUCUACUACAUCCCAGCCGGCGCAUUCAGCAACACCGGCCGCGGCGUCCUGGAAGAUUCCUUGGACGCUUUUUGCCAGAUGGGGAAUCAGCCCCUCAUAAUUCUGGCCCUUCUGGGCAACAUCAGCAGCAUCGCCUUCUUUAACUUCGCCGGUAUCAGCGUCACGAAAGAAAUCAGCGCGACCACGCGUAUGGUGAUCGACAGCCUCCGGACCGUGGUCAUCUGGGUGGUCAGCCUGGCCGUAGGGUGGGAGAGGUUCCACGCUCUGCAGAUAUUGGGCUUCAUCAUCCUCCUGUGCGGGGCCGGACUGUACAACGGGCUACACAAACCCCUGAUGUGUAGACGGUGCCGACCGGAGAGCGAGGAGACGCGGGGUCUUCUACAAGACGAGCGACCGUCCAUCAAUGCCGACAACAGCUAAUGGACGUUCAUGGACGUCUUCUCGUUGGGACGGACUCUGGGUAGUACACGCCUACUGCCAGGGACGUGCACAGACAUUUGGGGGGGCAGGGGAUGAACUGGAAAAAAAAGGGCCUAUUAGGUGUAAGGUCGAAAGGGCAAAGGGUCAAGCCCCCUUUCUAGUCAACCUGUGUGUUAAAAAUUUUGUCAAUAUCGAUACCGGGUUGGGUAUGGCCCAGGCCAAUUUUCCCAUGACCGGAAUUACACAAUGUACAAGAUGUUCAUGGAUUCAAAGGGGUACUCCACUGGCCAGCCUUCAGAAGUAAAUGUUCCGAAUGCUGUUUGGGUUGACCACACCCCUUGUGAAAUCACGGCCACGCCCCCUCAAUGCAAGUCUAUGGGAGGGGGCACAAGCUUCCGGCGCUGCACUCGAUGCUCUAGACGAACGCCGGGUGCAGGGGCGUGGCAUGAUGUCACGAGGGGCGUGGCCGACCCCCACAGUGCGAAAACAGCGUUCAGAACAUUCAGUACCCCUUUUAUGGUCUUUUAAGUCCUUGGAAAGAUGAGUAACCAACUGGAAUAGUGGAACAUUAGGUGGGAAAUUGGCUCACCGUUUGGUAAUAUGGCUCACCGACUAGGAAGAUGGCUCGCCAACUAAAAAAAAGUCCAGUGAUGACCAUUCCAUGGUCCAACUUGCUAGUCACACCAAGGACUGGUCCAUGUAGACUAGUGGUGCACAACCUGUGACCCCUGGGACAUAUGCAACCCAUGAUGCCAUUCGGUGAGACCCCUAACCAUUAGGCUGGCACUGCUGGGGGCUGGGCUGGUGCAAGGAUUUUGGCCACCCUAGGAAAAAGCUAAUUUUGCCGCAUCUUGACUCUGCCCAUUGUCCCGCCCUUUGACAUGCCCAACCCUACUACUAGGGUGACACACGGUAACAAACCUCCUCCUCAUGCUGCUGGCUUCGGAUGCUGGUUGGCUAACUUUCUUGCGGCAGGCAGAGCAGCGCCCCCCAUCAAGAGGGCGCUCUUGGCGGCUGCCUAUUUUGCCUAUAGGCAGAACUUUCCCUAGCUGUGGGGGGUCCUGUGUGGCCGACACUGUUAUAGAAGUGAGUAUGGGACUGUAUCAGUUCUGUGAUAACCAUCCUGAAGCAAUGGUAUGUCAAGUGCUGUCCAUUCUCUCUUUGAUGUCUUUAAUGGUCCUUAAAUUCCUCUGUCAUGUAUAGAGUAUUCCCAUAUGAGACAUGUAUAAUAAAUAUAUAUAUAUAUAUAUAUAUAUAUAUAUAUAUAUAUAUAUAUCUGUCUCAUAGGUUCAGCAAUCACCACCACUAUUCCUACAGCACCAUCUGUUUUAUUCCAGCACAGCUGAAUCCAUGAAUAUCAUUACUGUAACUGGGUCAUGUGAUCAUCAGCCUAACUCACAGAAAAUCACAGUGCUUAUUGUGUCAGCUGACUUCCUGCAAACUACAAGAUGACAUCAUCACCUAUCAGAUCCCUACUGCUAGCUCCCAGACCCUCCCCUCCAGCUCUAUCUGUAUACUGCUGCUGCUAUCUCUAUGUGAUCAGGGUAUAAAGUAGUUAUACACCUCCCCUCCAGCUCUAUCUGUAUACCACUGUUAUCUCUAUGGGAUCAGGAUAUAUAGUAGUUAUACAACUCCCCUCCAGCUCUGUCUGUAUACUGCUGCUAUCUCUAUGGAAUCAGGAUAUAUAGUAGUUAUUCACUUCCCCUCCAGCUCUAUCUGCUGCUAUCUCUAUGGGAUCGGGACAUAUAGUAGUUAUACACCUCCUCUCCAGCUCUAUCUGUAUACUGCUGCUAUCUCUAUAAGAUUAGGUUAUAUAGUAAUUAUACACCUUUACUCCAUCUCUAUCUGUAUACUGCUGCUAUCUCUAUGGGAUUAGAAUAUAUCGUAAUUAUACACCUCCCCUCUGACUCUAUCUGUAUACUGCUGCUGCUAUCUGUAUAGGAUUAGGAUAUACAGCAAUUACACCCCUAUUUUCCUAGAGAAUUUAUGGGAAAUGCAGGCAGCAUUACAAAAUUAUUUCAGUAAUGGAAUUGGAAACAGAAUGGCUGAUAUUCCCAAACCUGCCAUAACUGCUAAAAUAGAUAAGCACAUGAAAUACACAAGAACCAUUAUUCUCUAAUAAUAUCCUAUGCUGUCUCAUAUGGGAAUACAUCUUAGUUUUAUGGUGGCCUUUGCGAUUGGUACAAUCGGACAAUGUGGUUCUCGGCCUAGAGAAGGCUGUGCAGAUGUAGACGGUGUUUGAUGUAGACUCCACUCGGCCUCGAGAAGACUGUGCAGAUGUAGACGGUGUUUGAUGUAGACUUCACUCGGCCUAGAGAAGGCUGUGCAGAUGUAGACGGUGUUCGAUGUAGACUUCACUCGGCCUAGAGAAGACUGUGCAGAUGUAGACGGUGUUCGAUGUAGACUUCACUCGGCCUAGAGAAGGCUGUGCAGAUGUAGACGGUGUUGGAUGUAGACUUCACUCGGCCUAGAGAAGACUGUGCAGAUGUAGACGGUGUUUGAUGUAGACUCCACUCGGCCUAGAGAAGGCUGUGCAGAUGUAGACGGUGUUUGAUGUAGACUUCACUCGGCCUAGAGAAGGCUGUGCAGAUGUAGACUGUGUUUGAUGUAGACUUCACUCGGGCUAGAGAAGGCUGUGCAGAUGUAGACGGUGUUUGAUGUAGACUUCACUCGGCCUAGAGAAGGCUGUGCAGAUGUAGACGGUGUUUGAUGUAGACUUCACUCGACCUGGAGAAGGCUGUGCAGAUGUAGACGGUGUUUGAUGUAGACUUCACUCGGCCUAGAGAAGGCUGUGCAGAUGUAGACGGUGUUUGAUGUAGACUUCACUCGGCCUAGAGAAGGCUGUGCAGAUGUAGACGGUGUUCGAUGUAGACUCCACUCGGCCUAGAGAAGGCUGUGCAGAUGUAGACGGUGUUUGAUGAAGACUUCACUCGGCCUGGAGAAGGCUGUGCAGAUGUAGACGGUGUUUGAUGUAGACUUCACUCGGCCUGGAGAAUGCUGUGCAGAUGUAGACGGUGUUUGAUGUAGACUUCACUCGGGCUAGAGAAGGCUGUGCAGAUGUAGACGGUGUUUGAUGAAGACUUCACUCGGGAUAGAGAAGGCUGUGCAGAUGUAGACGGUGUUCGAUGUAGACUCCACUCGGCCUAGAGAAGGCUGUGCAGAUGUAGACGGUGUUUGAUGUAGACUUCACUCGGCCUAGAGAAGGUUGUGCAGAUGUAGACAUUGCUUAAUGUAGACUUCACUCGGCCUAGAGAAGGCUGUGCAGAUGUAGACGGUGUUUGAUGUAGACUUCACUCGGGCUAGAGAAGGUUGUGCAGAUGUAGACGGUGUUUGAUGUAGACUUCACUCGACCUGGAGAAGGCUGUGCAGAUGUAGACGGUGUUUGAUGUAGACUUCACUCGGGCUAGAGAAGGUUGUGCAGAUGUAGACGGUGUUCGAUGUAGACUUCACUCGGGCUAGAGAAGGCUGUGCAGAUGUAGACGGUGUUUGAUGCCUGAUCACGGGGUCCUGCCGCUGGGGACCCCCACAAUCUUUCAUGCAGCCCCCCCCCCUAUCAUCAGCCUCCAGAGCGAACAUCGAUCCGGGUCUGAUGAAUCACGAUCACGGGGCCGGAGCAUCAUGACGUCAUGGCUCCGCCCCCAUGUGACAUCCCCUCAAUGUCACCACACCCCCUCCCAUAGGCUUGCAUUGAGGGGGCAGAGCGUGACAUCACACAGGGGCGGAGCCAUGAUGUCACGAUACUCCGGCCCAGUGAUCGUGAUUCAUCAGACCCGGAUCGAUGUUCGCUCGGGAGGCUGAUGAUUGCGGCAGGACCCCUGCGAUCAGCUCCGUUCUAGACAUCUAUACACCCUCCCCCCCCCGCAUCUCUUGUGGCCGUGUUCAUGACGUCAUGCCAAGCCCCCUCAAUUCAUGUCUAUGGGAGGGGGCAUGACUGCUAUACAGACGUCACGCCCCUUCUGAUAGACAUGAAUGGAGGGGGCGUGACUUCAUGACCAAGGCCGCCCAAAGCCGGCGUUCUGAACAUAAAUGUUCAGAACCCAGGGGUAUCGGGUCAUGGCUGGUGGAGGGUCCGCCCACUGGGAUAAGGGGUAAGAUGUGCUUCGAAUAGGGGAUAAGAUCUCUAGGGCGGAGUACCCCUCAUCUCUAUGGGAUCAGGAUAUAUAGUAGUUAUACACCUCCCCUCCAGCUCUAUCUAUAUACUGCUGCUACUAUCUCUGAGAUCAGGAUAUAUAGUAGUUGAAGGGGUACUCCACUGGAAAACAUUUUCCUUUAAAUGAGCUGGUGCCAGAAAGUUAAACAGAUUUGUAAGUUACUUCUAUUAAAAAUCUUAACCCUUCCAGUACUUAUCAGCUGAUGUGAGCUCUACAGUAAGUUCUUUUGUUUUUGAAUUUCCUUUCUGUCUGACCACAGUGCUCUCUGCUGACACCUCUGUCCAUGUCAGGAACUGUGCAAAGCAGGAAAAAAAAUCCCCAUAGCAAGCCUCUCCUGCUCCGGACAGUUCCUGAGACAGAGAGCACUGUUGUCACACAGAAAAUACAUUUUAAAAGAAAAGAACUUCCUGUGGAGCAUACAUCAGCUGAGAAGUACUGAAAGGAUUAAGAU